AUGGCAAACAACAAAAGAGAAGACAUUAAGAAUGAUUAUGGCAUUGAGUUGUCAUAUGGAAAAGCUUGGAGAUGCCGAGAGAAGGCUCUUUCUUAUGUUAGAGGGACACUGGAAGCAUCCUACCAGAAGUUACCAUCGUACCUGUUCAUGCUUCAACAGAAAAAUCCCGGGACGUUGACAGAUUUUGUCACUGAGGAGGAUCGGUUCAAAUAUUGCUUUUUCUCACUCGGAGUUAUCGCGCUGGAUGCAAAUAACCAUCUAUAUCCAGUUGCAUUUGGUAUUGUGGAUAAUGAGAAUCAUGAUUCUUGGAAGUAUUUCAUGUCAAAGCUAAAGGAAGCGAUUGGGGAAGUUGAGGACCUGGCGUUUGUAUCUGACAGGCAUGUAAGUAUUACACAUGCCUUGGAAACUAUUUUCCCCGAUGCCUAUCAUGGAAAUCUGAGUUCCACGCUAACUUUUGAAAAAAUCAAAUCAAAAUACCCAGCUAUUGCUCAAUACCUAGAAGGCAUAGGUUUUGAUAAGUGGUCCCAUGCUUACUUUCCUGGAAAUAGGUAUAAUAUAAUGACAAGAAAUUAUGCUGAAAGUUUCAACAAUAAGACCCGGGAUGCUAGGAGCUUUCCGAUAACUACAUUCGUCGAAUUUAUUCGCUUCACACUGCAGUCCUGGUUCUGUGAUAGGAGAGAAACUAGCAAGAAGAUAACUACAACUCUUGCACCGACCUAUGAGAAAAAUUUGAUUAUUGGUAUCCCAUGUGAUCAUGCACUAUCUGGAUCCCUUAAGCGAGGGGUGAACUUUUAUUCGCUGUGUUCAGAUUACUAUAAAAUUGAGACAUGGAAGUCCUCUUACACGGAAUCUAUAUAUCCUACUGGUAAAGAGGAAGAGUGGAUUGUUCCACAUGACAUUAUGACAAUAAAAGUGAGAACACCUGCACAAAAAAACCCGGUUGGUCUUCCAAAGAAGAAACAAGGUAGGCCUAAGAAGAAACGCCAUCCUUCCAAUGGAGAUAAAUUGGUUGUAGAACGCAAGUGCAACACUUGUGGAGGUCUAGGCCAUAAUAGGGCAACUUGUAAAGUUCGUGUUUGA